ACUGUUCGACUCCCGCUCACCGGAUAUAGGACCCGACAGGAGUAUCGAACCCUCUCGGUAUCCCAAAGGACUCGAUUCCACAAGGCGCUGAAUGAGCUAUACAAGGACGGCACUUAUACGUGUUUCGCUACGGUCCACAGGCAUGGGGUAUUGCGGGGCGGCACACACAGUGGAUACGCCUUCAUGCCCUGGCAUCGGGUGUUCAUAGCACUCUUUGAGGACGCGCUCCGCCUAAAGGACCCCGAUCUGAGCCUGCCCUACUGGGACAGCAGCCUGGACGACAACAUGGCCAACGGACCCGGGUACUCAAUCAUGUGGGACAAUGAGCACUUGGGGACCGGAGUGGGCGAGGUCAAGGAGGGCCCCUUUGCCGGCUGGGGCGCGCCGAGGGGCCCGCUAACACGGAACGUGGCCCGUGGGGCCGGGGCGCCGGCCCGACAGGACAGAAUCAACGAUCUGCUCACUCGCUGCAGCUUUGAUGAUUUUAGCGAACCGUUUGAGGGCAUACAUAAUGCCAUUCAUAAGUGGGUGGGGGGAACUUUUGAAGGUAGCGGGGCCGCCUCCGACCCCAUAUUCUACAUGCACCACGCCUAUAUUGACUACAUCUGGGAGACCUUCCGGCAGCGACAGCGCACCGCUUGUGGUGUGGAUCCAGCGUCCGACUAUCCGCAUGCAAAAUACUCAGAGGAACACGCGGCGGAACAUGGCAUGUAUGGGAUAAGCUCCUUCAAGAACAAAGAAGGCAUGGCCGAUUUCUGGAUUAAGAAUUGGUAUAACUAUACGGACACACCAACAUGCGCGAAUAAUUGUAGCGACAGUCCGGACCUAUAUUGCGACAAGGACAUAAACCUGUGUGCGUCGCAGUCGCGUGUUAGUUUUGGCGAUGAUGGCAUUGGGACGAUUGCACCGUUGAAGGCUGUGCCCCAACCGCAAGUCAUAGCAGCGAGAGAGAUGACGUCUACGCCCGGGGACGCUACGUCAACAGUUGACGUUGAUGACCACAUCAGAGAAGGGGUGUAG